AUGACCCGUCUCCUCGAGACGGGGCGCGACGUCCGAGUGCAGCCAUGGUACAUCGAGCUCUGGGUCUCGCCGAGCGUAUGGGAGGACUUUGGCGCCCGCGAGAGGCUGUACUAUGCCACCGAGUGGCCUGGCCUCCAGUCAGAAGGCUUCGUGCCGCCCGCCCCGCCGCCAGAGGACACGGGCAGCUUCGUCCCGAGCGGGGAACAUGCCGGGUUUCGCCGGCUCGCCGUCUUCCCCACGCCGGUCAACCAGCGCAUACACGACUUCCACGUGCGUGUCCCGCCCGGGAAGGUCGCCGAGCUUGAGGUCGCCGUCGCGCACCACUCGCUCGUGGUGCCCGAGGAGGGCGAACCCCUCGCCCUCGGCCUGCAGGUGACGGUGCUGGCGUCGACGUGCGACUGGGCACGCGAGGGCGCGGUCGAGGACAUUGCAUUGCAGCCGACCAGCUUUACCUCCGGUGACAGGAGUAUCGUCCUCGACAGCGACUAUGUGUUCAAGGUCUGGACACCAGUCAACUCGAGCAGCGGACGCAACGACGCCGGCGUGUACGUGUACUCUCGCCAACGGGGGUUCGUGGCCGCCCUCAAUGUCCACCUGCUGUCCGCGCUCAAGGCGCGCCUUUCGCCCAUCUACUGGGUGUCGGUGACGGGAAAGCAGUACGACGACAUGGUCGACGCCGAGCUCGUGGAGGCGAUGCAGGCCAACGGGGGGGUACUCGACCUCGUCGUCGAGCCCGUCACUGCUAAGCUCAAGAAGACGUACAACCUGUACAAGGUGCUCCUGUGGGACCGCGAGGGCAACCGCAGCGCGUUUAGCGGCAUAGAGGUAUGCGGCACGAGUCUGUGUCUCUUCCGGACCUCGGGCGUGGCGUUCAUCAUCCACGACGCGGACCGCACGCUGCUGUUCGACGUGGCGCGCAUGCCCCGCCUUCCUGCCCAGUGGCGAGAGCCGUGGACACCGCGCGACCCCGUGUGGCUGGCGCGCAAGGCGCCCCGGCUGCCGCCGCUCCGGUGCCGCGCGAUCGUCGAGCAGGUGCCCGAGAACAUAUUCCGCCGCCACGGCUUCGACUGCUUCUUGCUCUCCCCGGCUGGCAUGUUCUCCAUCCCUGGCGUUUCCAGGAUGGGCGGCCUGUCUGCCGAAGUUGCUCGGGCGAUGGAGCGGGGAGAGUAUAAGUUCGGUUUGCACCGCGUGUGCUUCACGGCAGACGGGCCUCAGUAG